AGGUGAAUUCUUUUUUGUUUAUGGGCACGGAGGAACUGGAAAGACUUAUCUUUGGAAAACAAUCAUUUCAAGAGUUCGAUCUGCAGGAAAAAUAGUUCUAGCUGUUGCUUCAUCUGGAAUUGCUUCGCUUCUGCUACCUGGAGGUCGUACCGCACAUUCGAGAUUUAAAAUACCAAUUCACAUUGAUGAGUAUUCUAUCUGUGAAAUAAAAAAAGGGACUCAAUUAGCAAAACUACUUGAACAAACAAAUUUGAUAGUCUGGGAUGAAACUCCAAUGAAUCAUAGAAACUGUUUUGAAGCUUUAGAUAGGUCACUAACUGAUAUUUUGGAUUCGAGAGAUUCACAUAUAGAAACCAAAUUAUUUGGAGGAAAAACAGUACUUUUAGGAGGGGAUUUCAGACAAAUUCUUCCGGUCAUAAUAGGAGGAAGUAGACAAGAUACAAUUAAUGCUUCACUUAGUAGAUCAUCUUUAUGGGCAAGUUGCAAAAUUUUUCGACUAAAGAAAAAUAUGAGGUUAUUAAGCAAUUUGAUUGAUAGUAAUUUGAGAACUUCCAUGAACACUUUUGCUGAAUGGAUUUUGAAUAUUGGGGAUGGAAAAAUAGCUGCCAGAAAAUUUGAAGAAGAAGAAGAUGAAGCAACUUGGAUUAAAAUUCCUGAAGACUUGCUUAUCAAAAGUACCGAUGAUCCAAUUCAUGACAUUGCCUCAGUAAUUUAUAGUGGUAUAGAAGAAAAGUAUUAUGACAUUAUGUAUUUAACAGAACGGGCCAUUGUCACUCCUACAAAUGAAACAAUUGAUAAAGUGAAUGCAUAUGUGUUGUCGUUGAUUCCAAAUGAAGAAAGAAUAUACUACAGCUCUGAUUCAAUUUGUAAAGCAUCAAUUUGUGAAGAGGACCAAGAUAUACUUUAUCCUAUUGAAUUCUUAAAUUCUUUGAAUUUUAAUGGCCUUCCAAAGCAUGAGUUACGACUAAAAGUAGGUGCACCGAUAAUGUUGUUACGGAAUAUCAAUCAAAAUUCAGGUCUGUGUAAUGGUACUCGGCUAAUAAUAACUCAGACAGCUACAAGAGUAAUUGAAGCAAAAAUAAUCACCGGUAAUAAUGUCGGCACCAAAGUCUAUAUCCCUCGCAUUACAAUGCAAGCAACUGAGCAUAAGUGGCCUUUUAUUUUCAAGAGAACUCAAUUUCCUGUUCGACUUUGCUAUGCCAUGACCAUCAAUAAAAGUCAAGGACAAGCAUUGAAACACGUGGGAUUGUAUCUACCAAAACCAGUAUUCUCACAUGGACAACUAUAUGUUGCAGUUUCCCGUGUUACUUCAUGUGAAGGUCUUAAGAUUUUGAUAGAAAAUGAAAGCCCGGAAAAGGAAGGCUACACCAAAAAUAUAGUCUAUAAAGAAAUUUUUGAUGAUUUGAUUUCAAAUAAUACUUCAGGGUAGAACUCACCAAUGGAUUAUGAUAUUGUUUCACAAAAAUCAGCAAGCAAAAAAAAUUGCAGAAUCAAAGUAAGAGUUGUGAGAACUUGGGAUUCAAUCAUUCCUCCAUUUCAGAAUCUAAUCAGUACUGACUUCCUUUUGCUGGAUGAGCAAGAAAAUUCUAUUCAAGCAUUCGCUCGGAAGCAAGAAGCAAGUGAUUUUAAAGAUUUGCUUACAGAGGGCAAUGUCUAUUAUCUUGCAAACUUUAAUAUCCUUCCAAACAAAAAAAGUUAUAGAGCUGCGAAUGGAAAAUAUAUUAUUCAACUAACGAGGUCAACAACUGUUAAUGAAACAAAGGAUCAUGUAGAUGCCAUCCCUUUGCAUAAAUUUACUUUCACUGAUUUUCUCGAUAUUUCAGAUGAUAAUGAAAACAAUGUUAAUCUUCUAG